AUGGAAUUUUUCGAAUCACUUUGCGUCUUUAACGAAUGGUUUUACAAAGGGUGUGGCCACGUAGUGACGAAAGUUAAACACGCGAAUAAUUGCCGAGAGGAGAAUCAUGAUCCUUAUCGCCAUGGUCAAAUUCUUGGUCAGAUGUGUGAUAGCUAUCACAUCAAACCAGCGUUGAUCAUUCAUUCAUUAUGCCCGUUCUGCUCUGAUGCCGAUUACAAUGCUGCUAAUGUAUGGAGAUCGGACAGGAAUGAUGAAGCACUUCUCAGAGUCGAUAUCAGACCUCGCGUUGUGUACUGGGCGGAAUACAUUGCAAAGCAGAGACAGCUCUUUGCAAGACAAGCAUCUUUAGAAUUCAAUGCCCGAGUUGCACUCAUAGAUGUCGAAAAUUUUGUGCAGCAGUCUCCUAAUGGGAUUCCUGAUGGUCCAGAAUAUGAGAGAAUCGGCUGGGCGUUCUUGAGGCUUGAAAAAAUGCGAGUGUGGUAUCUCGCACAACAAAACCAUCACCUCGCGGAAAUUAGAAGAGGAAUACCCCAUGCCGAACGUCGACAUCUCUUUGAUGAGGAAGUUGUCAAUCCCGACAUCCUUGCACCAGUCCUUUUCGCAGAUAUACCACCUGACGAAUUUUGCGGCAUCUGUCGGUUGCCUUUGAGUGAUCGCGAAGCUUGGGGACCUAACGGCGUUCGUCGGGUGUUCUGUGGCGUUCAUAUCUACCAUCAUGAUUGCAUUAUCCCUUGGUUCAGAGUAAACGGCGGCCAACAUGUAACAUGUCCCACUUGUAGAGCAAGAAGGCAUCUCCUUCGCCCACCGAUUCAGGAAUGGGCAGAAUCCACGCGUGCAAGCUGA